AUGAUGGGCGAAAUAAAAUUGUCGAAAUUAACCUUCCUUCGUAUUCCCCUCUUUCCCCCCCUCCUCCUCCUCCUCCUCCACCUCAUCCUCCAUGUUAGAACGUCGAGCAGUUUUCUUCCUCCGUUCGCCUCGACGUUUGACGUCGUUGAAGAAAGCCCACAAGGAACAACCGUAGCCGGCGUCGCAGAAUACCUUAAUCGAAUAGUACUUCUGAACGUUGAGAUGCCUAAUUCUACGACCUUCCAACUCAUGGGGAUGGACCCCUUAACCAAGUCCUUUGUGAUAAAUCCCAAGUCCGGCGAACUACGUAUCGCCGCUCGUGUUGAUCGUGAAAUCAUCUGCAAAGCUGAGGAGCAAUCAGCAGCACGCAGAAAAGAACCGCCUGGAGAUAGCGCCUGUCUACGACCACUGAAUGUGCUCAUAAAGUCUCAAGGAGCAGGUGGAGCCUCGGAGAGCAGUAGGCGUCAACAACUGACUCUCAGAAUCGUCGACAUCAACGACAAUGCACCCAGGUGGCCUGGGAAAAGUGCCCUCGCGGUGAAAUUCGUCGAAGCCUUCGACUCUCCGCCGUCAUACGGCAAGCAGGAGGUGAUCUCAGAGUCGAGAAUUUUGGAGAGGGCCUUUGAUCCCGACGCAGGUUCCAACGGCACCGUUUCCUACGCUCUCAAAGGCUCCGGCGCAGAGAUGUUCCGACUGGAGAACGCUGACUCCGAAAACGGCCGCUUCGACCUCCACACAUUCCACGACGCGUCGGCUCCACUGCGUCUGAGACCCGUGGUGCCGUUGGAUCGGGAGGUGUUUGCCGUCUACAACCUCACUCUAUUCGCCUUCGACUCCGGACAGCCUCAACUCUCCGGCAGCAUUCCCUUGAAUGUCUACGUAACCGAUGUCAACGACCACGCCCCCGUCUUCCACACCUCGUCGUACGGACGCGAUCACAAACAGGGCGACUUGGUGAAAUACGUUCCGCCCCGAGGUCAUCUCAUGGAGACUGCGUCGGUUGGAAGCUUCGUUCUGCAGGUCAAUGCAACCGAUGAUGACGCGGGGGAGAAUGCUAGAAUCAGCUAUUCCAUUGCCCCAAGCGAUGCUGCCUUCGUACAGGCCUACUUCGUUCUUGAUCCGAUUUCCGGUCACCUCACUGUCAAACAGCGUCUGGAUUACGAUCAUGGGCCACGUCGGUUCAAUUUCAAAGGGGCUUGGGUGAGUGAUGAAUACGGGGGCAGGGGAGGGCUACAGCGGCUGGGCUUGCUGCCGCCGAUAGCAUCUCCUCCACAUCGAAAGAGUAAGUGGGGUCUGCAACGCGAUGCAGCUUCCUUCACAAAAAAGGCACUGCCGGAGGUAGCCAAAGUGGGUUGUCCACAGGGCAACAGGAAGUGGACAGGGGCAGGCUGCACGCUAGUCACGGAACACUCGUUGCGUCUCGCUCUCUCCCUUGUGAAUGAUGUUGUCGGUGGUUACGUCGUUUCACCACCCCCUCCCGCCCCCUGCCCCUCAACUUACACACGAAAGGAGGUCUGUUGGUUUUUGUGCACUCCCCAGCCAGUGGCUUCGGAGGAGAAGAUGAGGGACGACUGGUCAUCACCCCCUCGCCCGACACCCAUGUGCACACGGACCACCGCGGGUACUAAAAUUCGCCUUGUAGUUGCUUCCCAAGUGAUCGCAGUCGACGGCGCUCUCGAGCCCUAUCGUCUGACGGGGACAGCGAUUGUGGACAUUGAAUUGACCGACGUAAACGACGAGAAACCGAGCAUAGAAAUUCUCAUCGCCCAAAACGACGUCCACAACCACGGCGUAAUGCCUCAGGUCGCCAGACAGCAGGAACUCGUGGCGUACAUCGAGGAGACGCCUUCGCCAGACAUCGUUGUUGCCUACGUGCAGGUGUGUGAUGCAGAUGAAAACGGAGAAGACCAUGUCAGCUGUCACCUAGGCGCCCGCGAUAAUUUUACCCUGCAAGCCGAGUCGCUCUCUCAGGGUCCGAAAUCCGACCAUUUCGGUUUCGACGGUGGCGCCAUAAGCGAUCAUUCAAACAAAAAAGUCAGCGAAUAUCGAAUUCUGGCGAAGGUUCCCGCGUCCGCCGCGCUCGUCGACCAGCACAACUCCAACUUGCAGGGCUACCUGGACCGCGAGACCACGCCGAGCCAACUCCUCACGGUGACGUGUAUGGACCGCGCUGGGAACGAGGCCAAGCGACAAAUUCGUGUGCACCUACUGGACGUCAACGACAACGCGCCGCGCUUUGUUAACAACAGUCAUUUCAACUUCUCGGUGGCCGAAAACCGCGAGCCAAUGGGCAGCCAGCAGAUCUGGUUGGGUCGAGUGCACGCUGUCGACCCGGAUGUGGGCGAGAAUGCGCGCGUCAGUUACCACCUCGCCUCCGAUCAGCACCACGAUAUCCGUUUUUCGGCCAGUCAUCAGCAGCUGUUUCGUGUGGACGCCGACACGGGCGAUGUGUACGCCCAGGUUAGCCUGGACCGCGAGAACGCGCCAGACAACGGCGUCUACACGAUGUUCGUGCUGGCUGUUGAUCAUGGCACGUCGAAACAGCUGACGGGGACAGCGCGAGUUGACGUGAGCGUGUUGGACGUGAACGACUGGGCCCCGGAAUUCACGCGAGACAUCUACACCUUCGUGGUGUCGGAGGAUGUUGAACUGCGCGAAGUCAUCGGUACGGUGGAGGCGGUGGAUAAGGACGCGACAGCCGGUCCAAACACCAUCACGUACCACCUGAAUAUUCCACGACCGGGGCUCGUGAAGCGCUCUCUGAAGAACGACACCACGGCUCGAGUUAAACGGGACACCCUGAGCCAUCAGCAGCAACAGCAGCAGCCACUGUUCAUGCCGCAUCUGGAACCUUCAAAGAUGCGGGACGACCGUCCUCUUUCCUACUUCUCCAUCGACAGUCGUACCGGCGAGAUCCAUGUGAUUCGGAAACUCGACAGGGAGGCGAACGGGUACUUCACCUUCGAGGUGCUUGCAAUUGACUCGCCACUAGCUGAGUCGUCCCUGACACCACCACCACCGCCAUCGCCACAGCAGCCCCCUUCCAGACGCGGUGCUAGAGGCGAGACGUUCACCGCGACGGCCACCGUUGUCGUGACGCUGACGGACGUGAAUGACAACGCGCCGGAAUUUCGCUAUCCCACCACCUCAAUCCUGCUGCACAUGGCGCUUGGCGAGACUUUGGGCCACAAGAUCCUCACGGUGCAGGCCAUGGACAGGGAUGACGGUGAGAACGCGAGGAUCUCCUACAGCAUCCGCUCCGAAAUCCCCGUCCCGCCGGAUGGGCCUGGUACCGGCAACUUUGCCAUCGACGAAACGAGUGGUCUCGUCUUCCUCACCAGACCCGUUCAAGGACCAGUCAACCAUCGCAUCGUGGUUGAAGCGUGCGACCACGGCGAGGUGCCAAAAUGCACUGCCUCGCCAGGCAUCCAGAUUGCGGUGUCGGAGGACGCCAAAUUAAUUGGUGGGGGUCAGCAACGCGACCGCAAUGGCGUGCUGCCAAACAGCGUCUCGGUGUCGACGUUGGAGAGCGGUGCGGAUCACCGGUUCGGCUACGAGGCCUUGUACGGCCUCAAUGGUGGGCUCUACGACCAGACGGCGCCACAUCGAGUCGAGGUGAUUGCCGCCUGCUUGGUGGUGGUGUUCGGUGUCCUCCUGCUUGCCGCUGUGGUCCUCGCGUGCUUGUUGAAGAAGAAGAAGCCUGGAAGUGCUGGUGGCAUGGAGAGCGGCAACGCCGGCUACGUGUGCACCACCCUGUGGGGCUGCCAGUGGCCGUUCUUCAAGCCACACAGCGGCGCCUCGAAGCAGACUGCGCAGCACUACGUGUCGUCGCAGGCCACCGGCAAUAUCCACCGUUUCUCCGACGCCCAGAGUAUUGAGUCGUCCCUGGCUAAGGGUACCACCAACACCACUACCACCAUGACCGCCAUGACCACCAUCACCACCACCAACACCACCACCAUGUCCUCUUUAACUACCAACUUCACCAAAUUCAUACCCUCGUUCUCUACUGCCACAUCCCUCUCCUUCGACACUACCUCCUCCACCACCUUAUUCACCACAAUCACUUCUUCCUCCACUACCUAUUCUCCCCAUAAACCACCUCCUUUACCACAACCACCCCCUUCCCCCCACCACCACCCUCUCCUCCUCCACCACUGCCUUCUUCACCGAAUCAUCUCCCCCUCCAACACCACCACCUUACGCCGUGUCCUCUCCCCUCCCGUAGGCAUGCUCUCGGCUGACUCUAUCACCAACACAUUGGAUGCUCAUGCGGACGAAGAGAAGAAACCACUAUACUACGACGGACUCGGGAUGCUGGUUCCGGAGAACCUGGGACCACGUGGAGAUGGUCGCGCCCACAUGAUGACCACGUCACCCGCUGGUGUACCCUUCUCACGACGCAUAAGGCACCCCAUUUCCUAUACCACGGCGACAGGGGUCAUGCCGCAGACCGUGGUGUUUUCGGGGAAUGCGACAAUGAGCGGGCAUCCGGGGCAAAAGGUGUACGGCACGCUGCCGGUGGUCUCAACAAUCAUUUCCGACCCGCACGGAGCCAACAACACCCUGCUGGCCAGAUCGGGUUUCCAUGCUCACCACCAGACCGUCGUCAGACCAACCAAAUUUGUGGGCGGCAUGCCACAACCAACGACGCCGCCUUCACCGGAUUACCAGAGUCUGGACCAGCUGGCAAGCCAGAUGCGAAGUGGCCGGAACGAGGUGUGGCAGAAUCAGCCAGCGAUGGAGCUGUUCACGUCCCCACCACCACCACCACCGCCACCGUCCGGGAAACCAUCCAAGCAGUCCUCCAGUUACGGCUGUCUGGCUGAUCCAGUCGAGGCGGCGGGCAGGCGUCAGCGUCCAACGCACAACUACUACGAGAUAAAUCCGCUUAGCGCGGCCGAAGACAAAUUGCCGAUUCGUGCUGGCAGCCAGAAACGCUACCAACGCAGCUCCACCCUCGGUCGUUUGGCCGUGAUGGACGAGAAUGGCGCCUCCCCUGACGCCGACUUCAUGCACCACUCAUCGGCGGGGGUGUUGUCGACUGCGAAUAACGCCAACAGUCGCUCGUACUCCCAGUUGCAGGCUACCAGCUGUUUGGACGAUGGUGGUGACUGCGACAAACCCACGCGGUACACCUACCAGGCGAUUAGAGAGGCCAGUUUUGUGUGA